AGGGCCAGGCGAGAGCUGGCGCCGGCCGGCGAGGAUGCGCUCGGCAUUGGCUGCCCGCCGCGGUGGUCCCACCCCCGCGCCCCCCCCCCCCCGAUCUUCCCAUAAAGUUUCUCCUGUCCUGUGUGUGGUAGCGUGCCAGGGCUAACAGCUGCAGCGGCGCGCAUUGUUGGGUUGCAGCGGGGAGCGCCAAUUGCCGGCCGAGGGGCGCCCCUCGCCUUGUGCGCAUAAGGCUCGGCGCGCGCGGAGCCGGGAUGGCACCCGCGGCCGCUUCCUGAGGGCUGCGGGCCGGGGGAGCGAGCGGCGGCCCCUCCCCUCGUAUCUCCCCCCCACCCCGAGCGCAGCUGUCAUCCCCGUGUUGGCAAAGCAACGCCGCGUGUAUGGAUUACGCGAGGAAGAAGAAGCUGACCAAUUGGACCAUCGGUCUCAUCUUCCUGUCGUCGGGCAUCGAGUAUGCGGUGAUCCUGCCGACCAUCUGGGCCUACCUGCAAUUGCUGGAUGCGGAGCCAUACUUCCUAGGGCUGUGCCUCUCGGCCUUCAGCUUUGCCGGCCUGUUCACAGGCCCGGUCUUUGGAUACUGGUCUGACCGCCGCCAUCAGACCAAGGCCGUCAUCCUCUUUGCCAACCUGUUUCAGAUAGUGGGGAACUUUAUGUUCUUCAUUGGUGGUUCCAAAUGGAUGAUCCUCAGCAGUCGGCUAGUAGCAGGCGCGGCGACUGGAGUGAGUGCUUCCAUCUUUAGCUACCUCGCCCGAUCCACCAAUUCACAGGAGCGUGCCAGGGUGUUUUCGACUGUCAUGGCUUGCCGGCAGGUUGGGUUGCUAAUUGGACCAGCCUGUAACCUCUUCCUGCGGCUCUGUAACGUCCAAGUGGGGCCCUUCGUGGUCAACAAGUUCACAUCGCCUGGGCUCUUCAUGUGCCUGGUGUGGCUUCUGCUUCAGAUCCUUGUCAUGGUGAUGUACCACGACCUGCCGCCACCAACUCUCCCCUCGAGGGUGGUGGCGGCAGCAUCACAUGAUGUUCUGGAAGAGGAGGAGCCUCUCAUGCAGCAGGAGGCUGGCCACGAGGAGGUGGCGGAGAGUGGCAGCUACGGGAGCACCUCGGCGGAACACCGGGUGCCAGUGUUGGGGGACGAGUGCCGGUAUGUGCCCAAUGGACACUUGGCUGAUGAGGAGCCAGUCGGAGAGAAGAGCCCCUUCGAGGACUUCAGCUCCACAAGAGAGUAUCUCAGGGAGGAGGUGGUAGUUCUGCUCACAGCUCAGUUCAUCAUCCUCUUCAAUCAGAUGGCACUAGAGACCAUGUUGACCCCCUUCACCCAGCAGUACUUGGGCUUUGGAGACUUGGAGAACAGCAUCAUGUAUUUCUUGAGUGGCGUGGAGGUCAUUUGUAGCUUCUUCCUGGUACGCUGCCUCAGCACCCGCCUGACUGAUCGUGUCGUCCUGGUAAUCGGCCUGGUCAUCUGCAACAUGGCCGGUGUCUGGUGCUUGAUCUUCCUGGCUCAGCCCAGAGCAGGUAGCUUUGCUGUCCUUCUCGCAGAGCUGGUGGUGGGCAUAUUCCUGAAGGUCCUGGGCCUGCCCUUUGUUGCAGUCUCCCAGAUGUCGCUCUUCUCCAAGGUCACGGCUGAGAAAACGCAAGGACUCAGCCAGGGCCUCCGCCGCUCUGUAGGGGGCAUUGCAACCAUCCUCGGACCUCUGUGGGCUGGGGGCUUGACUGGGAAUCUUUACAUCAUGCUGGGGGUAAUGAUGGGGCUUCUGAGCCUACUGACGAUGAUGGUGGGGCUCUCGUACACUUACCUGGUGGAACCGCCGAGGGAGUACCAGUCAGAAGUGACCCAAGAUGAAUGCAGCUCAUGAGCGCCCCAUUGGCUGGAGGUGCGUUCGAAGGAACGGACGAGCUUGUGCUGCCCCAGGGGAGAGGAAUAGCCGUCACGCCUGGCGGUGCAGUGUGUGUGUGGCUUUUGAUCCCCAGGAGCCAAGUGGGGUCCAGAGAAGCUGGCGGCGGAAUCUGCUUUGGCAGAGGUGGAGGAGUUGGCGAUGGAAAGCUCUGGUCUUUUUCUUUUUUUGCCGCCCAGCAUGUCCGUACAGAGCACUUGAUUCUCGAAUCUUCACACAAAACUGUCUGACCCUUUUCUCGAUGUUGUGCCGGUUAGGAUGAUGCAGAGCAUGGGCGCGUGCAGGUGGGCAGAAAGCCGCUUGAGGGGUGUGUGCGUGCGUGAUCCUUUUUUCUUUUUCUUUUUUACAGUAUUCAACCAAUUGUCACAUAGUUUUAGCCAAUAAAGAUAUUUAAAAUCAUUGACAGAAAUGCAA